AUCCAGCCUGGCAAACAACGCCGUACUUGUUGACUUGACUAUUGUUUUGGGAAAGGGUGAUCAGCAAGAAUUUAAGACCAUGUCCACCAAUGGGACCAGUUCCAAGGAACUAUGGCGACACUCGAGUCCGCAAACCACCCAGGUCUAUGACUUUAUCAAAGUGUCCAAUGCCUUGCAUGGCCGGUUCAUGACCACGUACAACGACCUCUGGCAGUGGAGUGUAUCAGAGCCCGCCAAGUUUUGGGAAGAUGUCUGGCACUAUACUUCCAUCAAGGCUCAUCAACCGUACGAUAGCGUCCUAGGCUCAGACGAGCUUCUUUUCCCUCGACCUCGCUUCUUCGAGGGAAGCAGACUCAACUUUGCCGAGAAUCUUCUCUUCCCAUCUUCUUCUCCUGACGAGAAUGCGGUGGCGAUCAUUGCGGCGACGGAAGCAGAUCGGGAAUUCGUAUCCUGGAAGGAACUACGCGAUCGAGUUCGAAGAUGCGCCAAUGCGUUGAAGGAUGCGGGGUUGCAAUCUGGGGAUCGGGUCGCGGGCUUUCUAGGUAACCACACCAAUACUGUUGUUGCAAUGCUGGCAACGACAUCGAUCGGCGCUUUCUGGACGGGUGUGUCGCCCGAUACAGGUGUGUAUGCGGUGCUAGAGCGUCUGAAGCAGAUAGAACCGAAGAUCCUGUUUGCCGACAAUGCCUCUUUAUACAAUGGUAAGGUACACGGGGCGGAUGCCAAACUGCGCCAAUUAGUCCCAGGCCUACCGAAUUUGGAGCUCUUGGUUGUGUUCAAAACGAUUCAGUCGUACGAAUUUGACAUCCAGGAACUGAAGCCGGUACAAGGGAGAGUGUCUUUUUACGAGGACUUCCUCUCUAAUGCCAGCAACUCCUCGGCCCCACUUGAAUUCGCAAGUCUGGAGCCCGAGCAUCCUGUUUACAUACUAUACUCCUCCGGUACGACAGGUGCGCCAAAGCCUAUUGUCCAUGGUGCGUUGGGAACACUGCUGCAACACAAGAAAGAGCAUGUGCUUCACUGCGAUCUUCGCCCCGGCGAUCGUCUAUUCUACUUUACAACGGUCACUUGGAUGAUGUGGCAUUGGCUAGUCUCUGGUUUGGCUAGCGGCGCUACCAUUGUGCUAUAUGAUGGCUCACCUUUCCGGCCAUUUGAUAAGGAAGGUGGGAAGGGCGAAAUGGCCAUGCCACGUCUCAUCGAUGAACUACAGAUCACGCACUUUGGAACAUCGGCCAAGUAUCUGUCCAUGUUGGAGCAGGCCUCACUGCAGCCGGCAAACCACCCUCAUCGACCCACAAGCUUGAAGACCUUGAAAGCCAUCUUUAGCACUGGAUCUCCGUUGGCACCAUCUACGUUCGAGUAUGUGUACUCCUCCAUCAAGGCCGACAUCAUGUUGGGUUCCAUUACCGGUGGUACGGACAUUCUGUCCCUGUUUUGUGGGAGCUGCCCGAUACUACCCGUCUACAAGGGCGAGAUCCAGUGUCGCUGCUUGGGAAUGGCCGUCUCUGCAUACGACUACGCUGGCAACGACGUCUCUGCCUCUGGUGAACCUGGUGACUUAGUAUGUACCAAGCCAUUUCCGGCGCAGCCCGUGAUGUUCUGGCCUCCCGGUUCGACUGGGGCGGAGAAAUACCGCAAGAGCUACUUCGAUGUAUUCGGGCCCACAAUUUGGCAUCACGGUGAUUUCGUGCGUCUGGACCCCUAUACUGGGGGUGUGGUCAUGUUGGGUCGGAGUGACGGUGUCCUAAAGCCGGCCGGGGUCCGGUUCGGCAGCGCGGAGAUAUACAACAUUCUUCUGAAGCAUUUCGCAGAUGAAGUUGAAGAUUCGCUGUGCAUUGGCAGGCGCCGGGAUGGAAUCGACACGGACGAAACAGUAGUUCUCUUUGUGAAGCUGACAUCGCCUGGAGACGCCCUGGAAGUCAUACCGUCCGACCUCGCAGCGCGUAUCCAAGCGAUCAUCCGCAAAGAGCUCAGUCCUCGUCAUGUGCCUGGCAUUGUGGACGUCUGCCCGGAGAUCCCAAUAACGUCGAACGGCAAGAAGGUCGAGAACGCUGUGAAGCAGAUCUUGUGCGGUCUAAAUAUUAAGAUCGGCGCGAGUGUGGCCAACGCUUCGUGUCUGGACUGGUAUCGCGCGUGGGCUACGGCGCACCCGUAAUUUCUGGUUGCAGUCUCUCUCGAUAGUUUGGUUUGCCCGUGAAAAGUUCAAGGAGCAAGGACAGGAGGCAUGGUGUGGUAUUUGUUGUCCGACUAAAAGGUUGGGAUGGUAGACUACUUUUCUCGCGAGAAUGCCCUGUUAGACCGUGUUUGCGGCGCAGACACAGCUAUUACUCACUUAGAAACCCAGCAUAAGUAAAACGUUCGCAGUGGCCA